AUGUGGAACUCAGGGAAAUACAACACAACGAAGCUGGAAGACACGUUUGCAACAGUUGGUGGGGGCCAGAAAAGAGAGGAGGAAGAGGAGUCUCAGGUCACUUACGCCACUGAAAACAAAGAUGAUCAGGUGGAACCAACACUGCACCAGGCUGUGGCCAUGAGGUUUAAUAUUCUUUGGACCACCCUAUUCUCCCAGCUGUGUGGUGUCCAGUGCAGGAUGAUCAACAGUCCCUGCACCUUGGAAAGAAAUUAUUCUAGCGGCUACUACCAGGAUGGAGAUGUGGUGAUUGGAGGACUCUUCUCUCUGGAUGUGAUUUCAAGUAAUUUUGGUAACUCUGAGAAAUUCACAGGAGAGCUGCCUGUCUUAGCCGAGUCCACAGAAUACUUCACCAAACACUACCAGCAUCUCGUGGCUCUGGUGUUUGCUGUGGAGGAAAUUAACAAGGACCCCAGCCUGUUACCCAAUAUCUCUCUGGGCUUCCAUCUCUUCAACGUCCACUUCCUGGGGCCGAUUGCGGCCGAGAGUUCCAUGGCUCUGCUCUCGGGGAGAGCCGGGAUGGUUCCCAACUACAACUGUGAGCCGGAGCAGUUGGACAAACUGCUGGCUGUCAUAGGAGGGAUGUCGCCAGCCGUGUCCAUGACCAGCUCCUGGCUGCUGGGACUCCACAAACUCCCCCAGAUCUGCUAUGGCCCAGAGGACCCCACUUUCAGAGAUAAGGCCCUGUUCCCGUCUCUCUAUCAGAUCUCUGCGCGUUCCCCAGCUCUGUCCUCGGGGAUGAUCCGUCUCAUGAAACAGUUUCACUGGGCCUGGAUCGGCAUACUGGUCACCGAUGACAUUAGAGGGGAGACGUUCGCUACGGUCUUAAUGGAGGAGAUGGCCAAGAAUGCCAUCUGUGUGGCUUAUGUUAAAAGAGUCAAUGACUACUUUAGCAAUAGUGUAUUCAGUUUGGAGUAUAACCACAGACAAAUGAUUACAUCUUCGGCGAAUGUGGUUGCUGCCUAUGGGGAUACAUUUUCUUUGCUGGCAAUUGUAUAUGGUAUGGACCAUCACCCCGUUUUUGGCAAAGUCUGGGUCACCACAUCCGAUUGGGAUUUGACAACAAACACGUAUAUGAGAAAUAACACCUUUUUCCAAGGCUCCUUGUUAUUUUCACUCCAUAGGAAGGAGAUCCCGGACUUCAGGCAUUUCGAACUGAUCCUGAACCCUCGCAAAUAUCCAAUGGAUGUGUUUAUACCGAUGUUCUGGCAGUGGGCCUUUGAUUGUCAAGAUCUGGAUAGUUUUGAUUCCCUGAAAAUGUGUCAUUUAAAUGAAACGUUGGAAAGCAGGCCCUUGGACUUUUGGGACAUGAAAAUAUCUGCCCAGAGUUACAGUGUAUACAGCGCUGUGUACGCCAUAGCUCACGCCCUCCACCAAGAGACCUGGGUUGCGAAGGACAUGGAGACCUCGGGAGAUGGUCCAAAUCAUGGAACCCCUCGUCCAUGGCAGCUCCAUUCAUCCCUGGAGAAUGUUCGGCACCACACCCGCACCGGUGAGCAGAUCCAUUUGGAUGACCCCAGCUGGGUGACCACUACGUUCGAAAUCCUUAACUAUCAGAUUUUAAAGAAUGGCACCAAAGGCUACAUCAAAGUGGGAGAGUUUAAGCCCCUGGCCCCAGCUGGCCAAGAUUUCAUCAUCAGUGAGGAGAGGAUAAUGUGGAACGAGCUGUUUUCCGAGACCCCCUGCUCCGUGUGUAGCGAAAGCUGCCAGCUGGGAUUCAGGAACACAGCUCGGGAAGGGAAAGCCGCCUGCUGCUACGACUGCGUGCCAUGUGCAGAGGGCGAGAUCAGCAAUCAGACCGAUGUGGAUCAAUGCAUUAAGUGCCCCCAAGAUGAAUUUCCAAGUCCUCAAAAAGAUCAGUGUGUCCCGAAAGCUGUGGUCUUUCUUUCCUACAAGGAGCCGUUGGGAAUGGUUCUGGCAUCUUCAGCCCUCUUUUUCUGUCUCGUCACAACCCUGGUUUUGGGGGUCUUCAUCCACCACCGGGACACCCCUGUAGUGAAAGCUAACAACCGCAGUCUCAGUUAUACCCUCCUCAGGGCCCUCCUGCUCUGCUUCUUGUCCUCCUUGACCUUCGUUGGCUGUCCCGGCAUGGUCACCUGUCUCUUGCGACAGACGGCCUUCGGAGUCAGUUUCUCAGUGGCAGUUUCCACCGUCUUGGCCAAGACGGUCACCGUGGUCCUAGCCUUCAGGGCCACUAGGCCAGGGAACAGAAUGAGGAUGUGGCUGGGGCCCAGGGCGCCAUCCUCCAUCGUCUGCACCUGCUCCCUGGUCCAGGUGGGCAUCUGUACGGUCUGGCUGGGGACCUUCCCCCCUUUCCCUGAUGUGGACAUGGCAUCCGAGGCCGGGGUCAUCAUCGUCCAGUGCAACGAGGGCUCCACCAUCGCCGUCUACUGCGUCCUGGGCUACAUGUGGCUUCUGGCCCUGGUCAGUCUCAUGGUGGCCUUCCUGGCCAGAAAGCUGCCGGACAGCUUCAAUGAGGCCAAGUUCAUCACAUUUAGCAUGCUGGUGUUCUGCAGCGUCUGGGUCUCUUUUCUGCCCACCUACCUGAGCACCAAGGGCAGGGCCACGGUGGCCCUGGAGGUCUUCUCCAUCUUGGCCUCCGGCGCCGGACUCCUCGGCUGCAUCUUUGGGCCCAAGGUCUACGUGAUCCUUCUGAGGCCAGACAGAAACAUCAGAGAAGGCUCAAUUUCAUAUGAGGUGAUUUCUCACUUUGGCUCCCAUAUCCUCCAGGUUCUUCCCUUCCCUUCGGCCCCUGACCACUGGUCAGUGGUAAGUCCCAAGGUCCUGAGCUCCGACGAGCAGAUUGCAAAUCUCCUUCCCCAGGAGGAGGUCGAGCAUAGCGCCUCCUAUAAGCUGGGGGGAAAAGAGGCCGAUCCCUACAGGUCCACCCUGAGUCUCUCAGAGAGCCCCAGUUGA